AUGAAGCUACAUUGGAUAAUAAGGAAAAGAAUGACUACGGCUAUUGCGAAUAACGACCACAUAUCCAACCCAUUUUUAAUUAAACUUUAUUUGUAUAAUGUAUCAAGGAUAAAUAUCGACACAUAUAUGAAUAUAUUAAAUUUAUAUAAUUGGGAUGAAGACUAUAAAAAUGAAAAAAAAAAUUUAAACAAAAAUUAUUAUAAUAAUCCUCAAUUUUUUUUAUAUAAAUAUUUUCAUUAUUUAAACGAAUAUAACAGUGGAAAAAAAAACAAGUUAAUACAAUUGUUAACAUUUUUAUAUUCCAAAAAUUUACGGGAAUAUUAUGAUAAAAAAAACAAUUUUUAUAAUUCAUUUGUGCAUAUAAAUAAUUUUUUUUUUACACAAUUUGGCUAUAUACAACGAAAGACAGAUAUAAGCUAUUUUGGUAUUAUAGAACAAAAGGAAAGAAAAAAAAAAAAAGACGAAAAUUAUAACAAGGUGAAACCAAAUGAAACUAAUACUAUUAGAUAUAAGUACAGCUUAUAUACAGACAUUUUUUUAUAUGCACUAGAUUUCUAUAUAUAUCAUUUAUCAAAAAAUUUUAAUUUUUUAAAUAUAGAACAGUUAAAUAUACUUGCUGAAAUUUUUGCAAAUAUAAAUAUAUCCCCUAACAAUCAUAAUUUAUGUGUAAAUGAGUUUAAAAAUUAUAAUGAUGGGAAAGAAAUGUUUGAAAUUUCUUUCUCCAAAAAAGCUGUAAAUAGUGAAAAAAAUGAAUAUGAAGAAAAUUAUCUUAAUGAUAUCGAACAAAAAGCAACACACACAUACAAGAAUGAUUCGAAUUUAUAUGAAAUUAAUAUAAAUAAUAAAAUAUGUUUAUUUUAUGUACAUAUAUCUAAAUCUAUAAUACGACAAACAUAUUCAUACAUUGUAAGGAAUUGCAGAGAGGACAGCGAAAAACAACUUAAAGAUUUAAUAUCAAAUAAUAUAUACAACUGCAAAAAUAUUUUAGACUGUUUAUUGAAUAAGCAUAAAAAAAAUACUGAUGAACAAUUUGCUCAAUAUAUAAUAUUAAAAAAAAAGUAUAAUAAAAAAAAUUUUAAUAUAAAUGUUUUAAAAAAAUAUUUAAAUAGUAUUAAAUAUUUAAAUAUUAUAAACAUAAAAAAAGAUUUUUAUAUAAUAUGCUACUUAUAUUUUAGUAGCUAUUUAUUUAAUAAAUCUAUUUAUUAUUCGUCUUUAAUUUUUUAUUUACUACAAAAAUAUAAUUUACAGUAUACUUAUAUUUUUAACAUACUUUUAAUCAAGUUCACUUUAUUUUUUUUAAACAAAAAAACUUUCAGUGAUUAUAAUGAUAAGGUUAUUUGUGAUUCGAUUAAUAAAUAUAUAGACGCAAUUUUAGUUCUUAAAAUUAAAGAAGGAAAGAAAAAUGAAAGUAAUAUGAAUGAACUGGACAAUAAUCUAUUUACAUUUAUACACGAAAAAAAAACAAAUGAUAAAUCUGAUCCAUACAUUGAUAUUUACAAAAGAGAAUAUAAAGACAAUUUAAAUAUAUACAAAUAUAUACAUAAAAAUAGUUAUAAAAAUGGUAAUACUAAUUUUUUAACAUAUUUUGAAUAUAGUGUUUUGUGUUUGUUUAAGUAUUUUUACUACAAUAUCGAAUGGUGUAAAAAAAAAAAAAAAUAUAUAUCUGCACAUAAUAAAGAAAUUCAUGAUACUGAGAACAAUUUCUCAAAAAAAAACAAAAUAUUCAUUUGUAAAAAAUACAAGAAAUUUAAUUCAUGUUUACCAGAAAAUCUGUUGUCUAACAUUAUACUUUUAUCAAUAUAUGUGCAGAAUUGCUUACCAUUAUUGUUUUCCUAUAUGCAAAAUAUGAGAAAAAUAAAUAAAGUAAAAUUAUGUAAAAAUUUAAAAAAAAAAAAAAAUCCAUGUAAGAUAUAUCAUACAAUAAAAGAAAAUUAUAAUCACCCUCAUAUAAAUAAAGAAAAGAAAAAAAAUUAUUUAAAUAAUUUAUUGCCCACAAAAAAUGAAACUCAUAAUAUAUUUGUAUAUAAAAAAUAUAUGAAGGAAAAUAUUCGAGAAACAAUCCCUUUUUACAAAUUUUUAUUUCAUAUAUACAAUAUUUUUAGAGACCUCGUUAUAUUAAACAAUGAAGAAAGUUAUGUAAAAAGAGACGAGGAAAAUAUCGAAUAUAAUAAUAGUCUUCGCAAGGAAAAAAAAAACGAAGAAGAAUAUAAUAUGUAUUGUAAUAUAAAAAAAAACAAAAAAAAUAAAAUUCAAACGAGUAUCACACAUUAUUAUAUAAGUAGUAACUUAAAAAGAAUUAAUUAUAAUAAAAAAUUAUACAAUGAAAAAAAUAUAUUAACUUUUUUUUGUGACAUAUAUUUUGAUAAUAAUAUAAUUGAAGUUGAUGGUCCAAAACAUUUUUUUAUAUAUUAUUCUAUCAAUAAUAACGAAAAAAAUUAUUUCACAUCAUUUAUAAAAAAAAAUAAAGAAAUUUUUUACUAUAAUUAUAUAUUCCCAUUAUUUUUUAAUCAAAAUAUAAAUACCCUCAAUUUAGACAAUAAUUGUGAUAGAAAAAUAUACCAUAUUUAUAAUGAUAAAAGUAUUAAAAAAAACUUUUUUCUGUAUAUAUAUGGAUAUAAUAUAAAACACAUAAAUUAUGACAACAAAAAUAUUACCACAUAUAAAUAUUUGUAUGAACUUUUAUUUAAGACAAAUAGUCAAUUGCAUGCUACCUCUUUUGGUAUUGUUUAA